CGCUGCCCGGAUCAUGAACGCACAGCUGUCGAUGGAGAAUAUUGGCGACCUGCACGGAGUGAGCCAUGAGUCCGUGGCCGGUCACGGAGAGCUGCUGAGUGGCCACAGUCCACAUUCCCGUCCGAGCCCUCGGGGUCUGAGCCACCGAGCUAUGGGCAUGGCGACCCUGCUGGAAAGCGGAGACUAUCACCCCAGCCACCCCGGACACCUGCAUCCAGCCAUCAGCAUGUGUGAAGCCCCCCCUGGCAUGAGUGCGAGCAGCACUUACACCACCCUAACCCCCCUGCAGCCCUUACCCCCCAUCUCCACCGUGUCCGACAAGUUUCCUCCCCAUCAUCACCACCACCACCACCACCACCACCAUCCCCAUCAUCCUCACCCUCAUCCCCACCAGAGGAUCCCUGGAAAUGUCACCGGCAGUUUCACGUUGAUGCGAGAGGACCGGAGUCUAGCGCCUAUGAACAGUCUGUAUCCCGCAUAUCAUCACAAGGAUCCCUGCAUGGGCCAAAGCCUCUCCCCGUUGUCUGGUUCCGGUCUGGCCAGCAUACACACGACCCAGGCCGGCAUCCCUCCCUACGCUCAUCCUGGUGCCGCCAUGCCUGGUGAGAAGAUGCUCACCCCCAGCGGGUUUGAGGCUCACCACCCGGCCAUGCUCGGCAGACACACGGAGCAGCACAUGAGCUCCUCAGCGGGCAUGGUACAAAUCAACGGCCUCCAUCACCACCCGCACGCCCACCUUAGCUCGCAGGGGCACGGCCAGGGGCUGGGGAACAACCGGGAGCAGGCCUCCGGGCCCGGGCAGCAAGGGGGCGGCGGUGGAGGGGGUGGUGUUUCUGGGGGCCAGAUGGAGGAGGUUAAUACCAAAGAGGUGGCGCAAAGAAUCACCACGGAGCUGAAGCGCUACAGCAUCCCUCAGGCCAUCUUUGCCCAGCGGGUCCUGUGCAGGUCCCAGGGGACCCUGUCCGACCUGCUGAGAAACCCCAAACCCUGGUCCAAGCUCAAGUCCGGUAGAGAGACCUUCCGCCGCAUGUGGAAAUGGCUGCAGGAGCCUGAGUUCCAACGCAUGAGUGCGCUCAGGCUCGCAGGUGAGCGAAGCCUCGCAUGUAAGCGUAAGGAACAGGACCACGGCAGAAGCGAGCGGGGGAACAUGACCAAGAAGCCCCGGCUGGUGUUCACAGAUGUGCAGCGUCGGACACUCCACGCCAUCUUCAAGGAGAACAAGCGUCCAUCCAAAGAGCUCCAGAUCACCAUCGCCCAGCAGCUGGGCCUCGAGCUGGCCACGGUCAGCAACUUCUUUAUGAACGCACGCCGCCGGAGCCUAGAUAAGUGGGUGGACGACGGCUCCGGUCACUCAGUCAACUCUGGCCCAAACGCCUGCACCAAAGCCUGAAGACGGACUGAUUUGACCAACUCAUGGACUGACUCAACCUCGGUGGAAAAGCUUUAAAACUUAGGAGAAACAAAGAGAAACUUAAAAAGACCUUGAAGCAACAUUUUGCCCUUAAACCUGUACUAUAUUGAUAUUUAUAGUAUCCAAAGAUGAAAAAACAAACCAAAGACUUCUUGUUUGACCUGCUUUGAAAUGUUUGUUUCAGCAACACGUUUAUGUGUAACAUACUGCAAAAAGACUAUAGUUUUACCCCCCUCUCACACACACACUCACUAUCACUGGUCUA